AUGUUACUUAGCAGACGGUUUGCUUCGGAUAUAGCUCGGUCGGUUCCACUAAGGGAUACCAAGGUGUUCAAGCCCAUCAAAGUGGGCAACAACGAGUUGGCCCACAGAGUGGUGUUUGCUCCAUCUACUCGGUUCAGAGCACUUCCCGACUACUCGCCUUCAGAUCUCCAAUUACAGUACUAUGAGAACAGAUCACGGUUUCCUGGAUCCCUUAUUAUCACAGAGGGCACUUUGGCAAGUUUGAAAACAGGUGUUAGUGCUAGAGCACCUGGAAUCUUCACCGUUAAGCACGUUCAGGAAUGGAGCAAGAUCACGCUGAAAAUCCACGACAAUGGGUCAUUUGCAGCGGUUCAGCUAUGGGGAUUAGGCCGGGGAGCCGAUCCCGUGCAGAACAAGAAAGAAGGUGUCCCAUUGAAAGGUGUUUCUGCGAUAUAUCAUAAUGAGGAGCAAAGAGAGAAGGCUAUCAAGGCAGGCAACGAGCUAGCAGAGUAUACCACAAGUGAGGUGGAGGAGUUGGUAGAGGAAUUUGUUAGGGCUGGAAGAAACGCAGUGGCAGCAGGCUUCGAUUAUGUGGAACUUCAUGGUGCUACCGGAUACCUCUUCAACCAAUUCUUCGAGUCCUCCUCGAACAAAAGAACAGACAAGUACGGAGGCUCAAUAGAGAAUCGCUCACGUUUUGCCUUGGAAGUUAUAGAUGCACUUUCUAGAGAGCUUGGUGCAUCGAGAGUAGCCAUCCGGCUAUCGCCUUGGCUCAAGUUCUCAGGUAUGAGAGCUGAGGAGGAUGAGAUCCACCCUGUGGCCACAUUCGGCUACUUUUUGGGCCAAUUGCAGAAACGAGCCGACGCUGGCCAGGAAAUCGCCUACGUCUCACUUGUCGAGCCUCGGAUCCCAGAAAUACUGUCUAACGAAGACGCUCACGCCAGCAACGCCUUUGCCAACGCUGUGUGGAAGGGGAAGCUCAUCCGUAGUGGGAGUUACACCUACGAUGUUCCAGAGUUCAAGCAGGUGUUGAAAGAUAUCGACGAUGACCGUACUUUGGUAGGCUUUUCGAGAUAUUUUCUUUCGAAUCCUGACCUAGUGUUCAGAUUACGUGAUGGAGGAGAGCUCAACCCGUACGAUAGAAGCACGUUUUACACUUCGAGCAACUGGGGCUAUAAUACGUUCAGCUUUCGUGACGACCCCAGCGAGUUUGACCAGGCCAUCGAGCAAGCCCGCAAACCGAAGCCCUUAGAUUAG